AUGCCGCUGGGGCAGCGCGCCGGGGACAAGAGCGACUCCCGCUACUGCGGGGUCGAGGUGCUCGACUUCCCCGCCGGCGACGGCCUCCCCGCAGUCCUCACCCACUCCCUCUCCUCCGCCUUCGACUUCCUCCUCGCCCCGCUCGUCGAUCCCGAGUACCGGCCCACGCCCGGCGCCGUCCUGCCGGUGGCGGCCUCGGACCUCGUCCUCAGCCCGUCCCAGUGGAGCAGCCACAUCGUCGGGAAGAUCAGCGAGUGGAUUGAUUUGGAUUCCGAGGACGAGCAGCUCCGGCUCGACUCGGAGCUCACGCUCAAGCAGGAGAUCGCCUGGGCGACUCAUCUCUCCUUGCAGGCGUGCGUUAUUCCUCCUCCCAAGAGAUCGACCUGUGCCAAUUAUGCUAGAGUUGUAAAUAAUAUUUUGCAAGGCCUGACCAAUAUGCAGUUGUGGCUUAGGAUACCUCUGGAGAAGUCUGAAUCUAUGGACGAAGACCGUGGCAAAGUAAAUAACAAUAACCCCACGAGUGAAACAGUAGACUCGUGGGAAUGGUGGAAUUCAUUCAGACUGUUAUGCGAGCAUAGCAGUCAACUGUAUGUAGCACUUGAUAUCUUGAGCUCGCUGCCAUCAAUGAACUCUCUAGGGCGCUGGUUCGGGGAGCCUGCUUUUCUAACAAAUGCAAGAGGUUAUCCUUGCUUGUCCAAACGCCACCAAACUCUGCUUACUGGUUUUUUUAACCAUUCAGUUCAGGUAAUUAUCUCUGGGAGAUCAAAUCAUAAUGUUUCCCAAGUAUCUGAAGGAGUGCUCUCAGGUGAUGAAAACCACACCGAAGAUACCCCCACUCGGCAUGCAUUGAGCCCGUACCUCGAGUACAUGGCCUACCUCUAUCAGAGGAUGGAUCCACUUCCUGAGCAAGAACGCUUUGAGAUCAACUAUAGGGAUUUCUUGCAAUCUCCGCUCCAGCCUCUGAUGGAUAAUUUGGAAGCUCAGACGUAUGAGACUUUCGAGAAAGACACUGUGAAGUAUACACAGUAUCAAAGAGCAAUUGCUAAGGCUUUGGUUGAUAAGGUCUCAGAGGAUGAAGUUUCCACAACUAGGACGGUCUUGAUGGUUGUUGGAGCAGGCCGAGGGCCUCUCGUAAGAGCAUCAUUGCAAGCUGCAGAAGAAACUGGUCGGAAGCUAAAAGUAUAUGCAGUGGAGAAAAAUCCUAACGCAGUUAUUACUCUUCAUAGUUUGAUCAAAUUGGAAGGGUGGGAAAGCAUGGUUACUAUUAUUUCUAGUGACAUGCGGUGCUGGGAUGCUCCUGAAAAAGCUGAUAUUUUGGUCAGCGAGUUGCUUGGGUCCUUUGGUGAUAAUGAGUUAUCUCCUGAGUGUCUAGAUGGUGCCCAAAGAUUCUUGAAGCCUGAUGGGAUUUCUAUUCCUUCAUCUUACACAAGCUUUGUCCAACCAGUAACUGCAUCAAAACUACACAAUGAUAUUAAAGCACACAAAGAUAUUGCACAUUUUGAAACGGCAUAUGUUGUCAAGCUACACCGAGUAGCAAGACUUGCACCUCCACAAGAGGUUUUCUCUUUCACACAUCCAAACUUCUCACCAAAGGUCAGCAACCAAAGGUAUACAAAGUUGCAGUUUGAACUACCACAAGACACGGGAUCAUGCCUUGUGCACGGAUUCGCUGGAUAUUUUGAUGCCGUACUAUAUAAAGAUGUCCAUCUAGGAAUUGAGCCGAACACAUGUACACCAAACAUGUUUAGCUGGUUCCCAAUCUUUUUCCCACUGAGGAAGCCCAUAUACGUGCCGUCAGAGUCGCCCAUAGAAGUGCACUUUUGGCGAUGCUGUGGUGCCACCAAGGUGUGGUACGAGUGGGCUCUGGUGGCGCCGUCUCCUUCCCCAAUCCACAACAGCAAUGGCCGUUCGUACUGGGAGCUGAGCUCAUCAUCAGUUUUGACCUUGCCUUUUGUGUUCUAG